GGCACCUCCGCGCACCCUGCCCUGCCCGCCCUGCCCUCCCUCAUCCAUCCUCCGGGCUGCCCGGCCAUGGUCAACCUGCGGGUGUGCGCGCUGGAGUGCGAGGCGCUGCGGGCGCUGCUGCAGGAGCGCGGCGCGCAGUGCCUCGUCCUGGACUGCCGCUCCUUCUUCUCCUUCAACGCCGCGCACAUCCGCGGCUCCUGCAACGUCCGCCUCAGCACCAUCGUGCGGCGCCGCGCCAAGGGCGCCCUGGCUCUGGAGCACGUCGUGCCCAACGAGGAGCUCCGCGCCCGCCUGCGCCAGGGGCUCUUCCACACCGUGGUGCUGCUGGACGAGCGCAGCGCCGACCUGGAGGUGCCCAAGCGCGACAGCACCAUGCUGCUGGCGCUCGGCACCCUCUGCAGGGAGGCCCGCGGUGCCCGCAUCUGCUUCCUCAAGGGAGGUUACGAAGCCUUCGCGUCCGCCUGCUCCGAGCUCUGCACCAAGCCGGCCGCCCCCGCCGGGCUCAGCCUGCCCCUGAGCGCCAGCCCCGCGCCCGGCAGCGCCGACUCGGGCUGCAGCUCCUGCGGGACGCCGCUCUACGACCAGGGCGGGCCCGUGGAAAUCCUGCCGUUCCUGUACUUGGGAAGCGCCUAUCACGCCUCCCGCAAGGACAUGCUGGACGCUCUGGGCAUCACGGCGCUGAUCAACGUCUCGGCCAACUGCCCCAACCACUUCGAGGGGCACUACCAGUAUAAAAGCAUCCCCGUGGAGGAUAACCACAAGGCGGAUAUCAGCUCCUGGUUCAACGAGGCGAUCGAUUUCAUCGACUCUGUGAAGAACGAGGGAGGAAGGGUCUUUGUGCACUGCCAGGCUGGCAUUUCCCGCUCAGCCACCAUCUGCCUCGCUUAUCUCAUGAGGACCAACAGAGUCAAACUGGAUGAAGCCUUCGAGUUUGUCAAGCAGAGGAGAAGCAUCAUCUCCCCGAAUUUCAGCUUCAUGGGGCAGCUGCUGCAGUUCGAGUCGCAGGUCCUGGCCCCCAACUGCUCGGCAGAAGCCGGGAGCCCCGCGAUGUCAGUGUUGGACAGAGGGGCUUCCACCACCACCGUCUUCAACUUCCCCGUCUCCAUCCCCGUUCACACCACCUCCAGUGCUUUAAACUACCUUCAGAGCCCCAUCACUACUUCCCCGAGCUGCUGAAAAAGCAGGUGAAAACCGUGGCCAGGACUCAGACUUGCUGUCUCAGAAGUGCAAUAACGACGGGGACAGUGUCGUUUGUGUUUUGUGGGGCGUGAUUGGCGUGUCCCAGAACGGUGUCGUCAGUGGAGAGGAGCUCACCCAGCGCCAGAGAAACCGGGUGCUUCUGACUUCUCAAGCAAAUGUCUGGAUGUCUGCACAGAGAUCAAAGGACAUUGGCUCUUUCCUGAGCUGUCCCUCCUUGUCUUCUGUCUGUCCCAAGCCUGCUCCGUGUUUAGUAGCAUGCUCACCAGUAUUCCCACUCCUGGACACUUUGAGCAACACUGAUGCUGAACCCUUUUAUAUGACAGUCCUAUUUAUUUAUUUUUACAUUACUGCAUUGUUGCUGGGUUUUUUGUUCUUUUUUUUUUUUUGCCUUCACAAACGUAAAGUUUCAGUUCUAGAGAAACCAAAUACCUCAGUAAUUUUUUGGUACAAUAAUCCUGUGUGUGUAUAUCUGUCAACUCUUCUUGUUUUCCAAGCACUGACAUGAAAGCACCAGGCGAGUGCUUUUUUUUUUUGAGUUGCCAAGGGUUGUAUGUUUGCUGAUUUAUUUAUGAUGUGAAAUAAUAUAUUUCUUCUUAUGAAGACAUAGUUUUGUUACAUGAUUAUAACUUUUUUUAUACAAACAGAAUAAAUUAUGAUAUUUCUAUUCA